UUUAGUCCCCAACACUGAUGAGCCGAAACUCCAGCAAGUGAAGGUGCCUCUCCCUCUUCCUCCGCCUGCAUCCCACGCGCACCGCCGACUCGUCGGCGAGCGCCUCUCGGCGAUCUCAUGGUCUCCGGCGGCAGCGAUAUGGAUUGCCGCAACCUCAGCGAGGUCGCGGUGGCCUGCCCCUCCGACGACGCCCUCGUGGAGAUCCUCUCGCGCGUCCCCGCCAAGUCCCGCUUCCGAUUCAAGUGCGUCUCCAAGCCCUGGUGCGACCUCAUCGCCGACCGCCUCCGCUGCGGGAAAUUUCCCCAAACCCUAGAAGGGUUCUUCUUCGGAGGCAGCAGCGGCAACAACUUCAGGCAUUUCGUCGACCUGUUAGGGAGACCUUCGCCUCUCGUCGACGCUUCGCUCUCCUUCCUCACUGAAUUGCUUGAGAUUGAGAAGAUCGACCUUCUGGGCUCCUGCAAUGGGCUCGUCCUCUUUGGGCACAGACGGGUUUCAGACAUGUAUGACUCCCUGGGCUAUAUUGUGUGCAACCCUGCGACCCAGCAAUGGGCGGCCGUGCCUAGCUCUGGCUGGACUCCAUUUCCAUUGGACGAUUUGGAUGAUGAACGCACCUGCACCUAUCUGAUUUUUGAUCCGGCUGUCUCCUCGCACUUUCAGUUGGUCCAGUUCAAGCAGGAUGAUGAGGGAGUGUGUCUCCAGUUCAGGCGAAAUAAUGAUGAUGAUGAGGGAGUGGCAGAGGUGCGGACCUACUCGUCUGAAAGCGGGGUGUGGAGUGAUAGGGCAAGCGAAUGGGGGGCACAUGGAUGGAUAGUAUCAUAUUUAGGGAGUGCACUUGUUAAUGGCAUGCUGCAUCUCAUGGUUGGUCGUGAUUAUGAAAGGGAGGAUCAGAUAGUUGCAGUGGACAGGGAAGGGAAGAAAUGUAGGAACAUCCGCUGGCCAAAGGAGCGUGGUGAUAUUGUUUUUGUUGGUCAAUCCCAAGGGCGCCUGCAUUGCUUUAGUGCACGUAUAAAUGGCACUAUCGAGAUGGCUGAGCUAUCUGUCUGGGUUCUUGAGGACUAUGAUACAGAAGAAUGGGUUCUGAAGCACACUGUGAACUUUGCACAUCUGUCUGGAAAAUCGGAUUGGCCAGAUGUCUUGAACUGCUAUUUUGUUUCCAUUCAUCCACAUUGCAAUUUGGUUUUCUUUGUCCGGAACGGGAGCCAGAAACUGGUAUCAUAUAACAUGGAUAAUAAGGAAGUGCGUGUUCUCUGCACUGUUGGACGCGACUUUGAGUGUAUGACCCAGUAUGUUCCAUAUUUCUCGGCGAUAUCAGUGCUUGCUAAGAAGUACUGAAAUUGUUCGUUGCGGGAUACUCCUCGGUAUGUUUAACAAGAAAUCAAGAAUCGAUACCCUAAUAAGUUUAGACCAGCACUACCAACUUGGAUAUAUCUACUGCAAUUAGAUGAUGUAUUUUUGCUGCUGCUUGAAUCUGUCCCUUAUGCUAUUGGUCCAAGUGCUACUGCCAGUUAAGGCAUGCAUGUAAGGUAGCUUUAUGCAUAUAGCUAUCUAAAUGCAUGACAAACUUGUGUAAGAUGCUACCCAGCAUUUCAGAAUUGUAACCAUCUUACAUGCUUAGAUCAUUUUUUUGUGGGACUUGCUUUUAGCGGCUGAUUACUGAUAAUGAAAAUUUCUUAUCUAUUUAUUUAUGCUGAA